CUUGAAUCCGUGGCCGUGAGUUGUUUGCCCGUGAAAUGGAGGUUAGCGGUGGGAAAGUGAAAAAAGGAGGCGGAGGAAGAAGGGGCGGCGGACCCAAGAAGAAGCCGGUUUCCCGGUCGGUCAAAGCCGGCCUUCAAUUUCCGGUCGGCAGAAUCGGCCGAUACUUGAUAAAAGCUGAGCCUAUUGUUAAAGACUUGAAGAAAUUUAGAGCUACCUCAAGUAGAGAACCAAGUAUUGCAAGUCGAAAGCAAAAUUCUGACAUUGAAGAACCAGAGUUACAAGUUGAUAGAGCUGAUGAAUCAAUAGGUUCAUCGUCUUUUUGUCCUAAUUUAGACGAUAAUUUCAAAACUCAGGGCUUGUGCAAUGAACAUCUUAUCGAGUGUAAGAAGGAAAAAGAGAAGCAAGAAUUUACAAAAUGUCAUGAAUAUUUUACAAAAAUCACAGCACAUAAUGAAAAGAUCGCAGAAAUGUUUGAACAAAGUCAACUCCAAAAAUAUUAUGAGCUUCAAUUGAUAAAAGCUCAAAAUGAAGCAAAGCAACUAGAGGUGAUGGAACUCCAAGAAGAUAACAAAAUUAUGAGCAUAGAUGCAGAUUCCAUCACAGAUUCAAUAAGGCGUGAGUGGGUCAGAAAUACACAACUAAGAAUUCUUGCAAAGAGAGUUCGUCGAUCAUUUGAAGGAGUAGAAUUAAGUAGCUAGUUUAAUCAAUAUUUUGAUAACUUGGGAAGAAAUGUGAAUUACCUUAUAGAUUAUUGAAUUUAAGUAUGUUUAAAGUAAUUUUAGAUGUAAUUUGCUUUAAUUUUGUUAAAAUUAUGCUGUAUGUAGUUUUAUUUUUAAU